AUGACCUAUAGCCACAUAUCAAUUUUUCCUCAUGCGAAGGACCAGUAUCACUACGUCCAAGGCCGUGUCUAUCAAACAUUUGGACCCAAGCCCAGAUUCGUCAAGGUCCCCACACACGAUAACGGCACCAGGCGUUUUGCCUUUCUUCAAGGCAUCCUGAAAGGUCGUAUUCAACAGCAUGUCCACACCUGCGAAGUCAAGGUCAUUGAUCGACAAAGCCGCAGCCACCUAUUCUAUAUUUUCUUCAAAAACCAUUGUCAUCUUCCUACAAACUGGACCGUGCUGGGCUUGUCAGGCAGGAAGAUAUGGAAUGGCGAUAUCGUCAUUUUGCAUGCGUCGGCCACUUCAGACGGUGUCGUCAAUAUGCGCGGAAAGGAUGCAAAGCUAGCAGACUUCGCACUGAAGAGGUAUUAA